AUGUCGUCUAAAUUCUAGGAAGGCGUUUGCCAAAAUCAAGGCUGAUGUGGAAUGUGGCUGCAACAGAAUACCCCAAGUGUGACCAUAAGGUAUGAUUCUUUGUCUGCUGUACCAAACUUCUUAAGUACGUUUUUGCCAUUUGAUCACCUGGCUUCAGCUACAAUGCAACAAGCUUUAGAACUGGCAUUGGAUCGUGCAGAGUAUAUCAUUGAAAGUGCCCGUCAGAGACCUCCCAAAAGAAAAUAUUUAUCUAGUGGAAGAAAAUCUGUAUUUCAAAAGCUCUAUGAUUUAUAUACAGAAGAAUGUGAAAAAGAGCCUGAGAUAAAGCAGAAGCUGAGGCGAAGUGUGAAUUUACUUGAGAAGCUGGUUAUGCAGGAGACGUUGUCAUGCCUGGUAGUGAACCUCUAUCCGGGAAAUGAGGGUUAUUCACUUAUGCUCAGGGGAAAAAAUGGUUCAGAUUCUGAGACCAUCCGGCUGCCUUAUGAGGAAGGAGAGCUGCUUGAAUAUUUGGAUGCAGAGGAGCUACCACCUAUUUUGGUUGAUCUUUUAGAAAAAUCUCAGGUUAAUAUUUUUCACUGUGGAUGUGUCAUAGCAGAAAUACGUGACUAUAGGCAGUCUGGUAACAUGAAAUCUCCAACAUACCAAAGCAAGCACAUUCUUUUGCGUCCUACAAUGCAGACUUUAGUUUGUGACGUGCAUUCUAUAACAAGUGACAACCACAAAUGGACACAGGAGGACAAACUCCUACUUGAAAGCCAGCUUAUUUUGGCUACGGCAGAGCCUUUGUGUCUUGAUCCUUCAAUAGCAGUGACCUGUACUACAAACAGACUCCUGUACAACAAGCAGAAGAUGAAUACUCGCCCCAUGAAACGGUGCUUCAAGAGGUACUCAAGGUCAUCUCUGAACAGACAGCAGGAAGUAGCUCACUAUUCAACUCCACCUCAGCUCCGGCUACUUGACUACUUGCAGAAGAGAAAGGAGAGGAAAGGAGCCCAGCAGUAUGACCUCAAAAUUUCUAAAGCUGGAAAUUGUGUAGAUAUGUGGAAACAGAACCCUUGCUACUUGACUGCGCCUUCUGAAGUGGAUGUGGAGAAGUACGCCAAAGUGGAAAAGUCUAUCAAGCCUGAUGACUCGCAACCAACCGUCUGGCCAGCACAUGAAAUAAAAGAUGAUUAUGUGUUUGAAUGUGAAGUUGGUAAUCAGCUUCAAAAAACAAAACUGACCAUUUUUCAGUCUCUUGGAAAUCCUUUGUACUAUGGUAAAAUUCAGACACUCAAAGGUGAUGAGGAAAAUGACAACCUAUUAACUCCAUCACAGUUCCUUAUUGGUUCCAAGACUGAUGCUGAAAGAGUGGUGAACCAGUAUCAGGAAUUAGUACAAAAUGAAGCUAAAUGUCCUGUGAAAAUGUUUCAUAAUUCAUGUGGAUCAGUCAAUCUUAGUCAUCUUUCUCCAGGGAAGGAAAUGGAACAGCCAGAGAGUAUAUCAGGCUCUGUUCAGUCUUCAGUAUUGGGGAAAGGUGUAAAACACCGGCCUCCUCCCAUCAAAUUACCUUCAAGUUCCGGAAGUAGCUCCUCAGGUAAUAUUUUUAGUCCACAACAGUCAAGUGGCCAUCUAAAAUCCCCAACUCCUCCUCCUCCUUCUAAGCCUCCUGGUCUUUCUCGGAAACAAUCUAUGGAUCUUAAUCAAGUUAGCAUGCUCUCUCCAGCUGCCAUGUCUCCUGCAAGCUCUUCACAAAGGUCUGGAACUCCUAAACCAUCUACUCCUACUCCAACCAACACCCCUUCAUCGACCCCACACCCUCCUGAUGCUCAGAGCACAACUCCUAUUACCCCUUCUGCCACCCCUACUCCCCAAGAUUCAGGCUUCACCCCUCAGGCCACUUUGUUAACCCCGUUUGCUCAGCAGCAGAUGUCUCUGAGCCAGGCACUGCCUGUAAUGACCAUUCCUCUUUCCACCAUGGUAACAUCCGUUACUACAGGAACAGCAUCCACCCAGGUCAUGGCAAACCCUGCAGGACUUAACUUCAUCAAUGUAGUGGGCUCUGUGUGUGGAGCACAGACACUGAUGAGUGGUUCAAACCCUAUGUUGGGGUGCAACACUGGUGCCAUAGCCCCUGCAGGUAUAAAUCUGAGUGGCAUUUUACCAUCAGGAGGUCUGGUACCAAAUGCCUUGCCUGCUGCAAUGCAGUCUGCCUCUCAAGCAGGCAGCCCCUUUGGUUUGAAAAAUGCAUCAAAUCUUCGGCCCUUAAAUCUUCUACAGCUUCCAGGUGGUUCACUUACUUUUAACCCACUCCAGCAGCAGCCACUGUCACAGUUUUCUCCACAGCAACAAUCUCAGCAGCCUAUAACCUGUAGUCCUCAGCAACAGGGAGAACAGGUGUGUGCUAACAACCCUCAGCCUGGGGUGCGUGGAUCAAAGAGUUUCUCCUAUUCUCCACAUCUACACAAAUAAAUGAGCCUUUACCCAGUAGAUCUGAAGCAGAGGGGAGGAAAGUCUUCCUCCAAACCUUUCUCAAUCUGAAGAGACUGCAGCAGCUUUGUUGCCAUGGCUGGACUGGGUUAUUCUCCGUUACUUACAUCCUGUAUAAAAAGAGCUGUAACAAAACAACUGGCUAAGCACUAACUCUAGCAUAAAGAGAGCCAGCUCACUGUAUGAGAGGUGUAAAAUCAGCUUAGUGUUGUCCUGUUAUAACUAGCUGAUGUAGAGAUACAUCAGGUAAACACAUUAAAACCAUAUUCGGGGUAACUAUGGAGUAAGUACAAAUUCUUACUUACACUGGUGUGAGUCGGCAUAUGAUCCUCACCGCUGUAGUUCAACACAAUUGUUCUUUUUGCACCAGAGGAAGCACCAGUUGGCUUUAAAGCUGUAAUCUUAAGACGCUGCUGCUGCUUGUAAGUAGUGUUAAAGGCUUUAAUCACUGAAGAGGCCUAUAAAGUCCUGAAAGAGACUGAUCUGCCUGUUCUCAAAAUGACAGACUUUGAGUGGUUGGUUCUACCUGUGCCUAAAAAACUUCACCAGCACUAGUGCACCAGUUUGGGAGAAGUAGCUGUUCUGCUUUUGUGGUCUUUAGCUUUUGUCUUUCCAGAUAUGUUUGCCAGACUUCUGUUUGCCAAAUAGCUUCUACUGGAUACUCUGUUUAUCAUGAUAAUUUUGUUCAUUCUGCUGUAGACUGGUCAUAGAUGAGAUACCUCUUUCUAA